GCCACGCCCCCAUCUCAGCCUACAGCUGCUCGCAUCGGACUCGGACCCGGGCUGUCAGCGGCGAGGGGCUCGGCCUGGGGCAGGUAUAACAAUGGAUCUAGUCCUGAACUAUGUAGAUUACAACUUUUUUACACCAUAUGUGUAUCCAACCACAUGGCCAGAGGAUGAGCCCUUUCGACAGAUCAUCAGUCUCCUUAUUGUAACAAAUCUUGGUGCACUUGUGCUUUAUUUGCUGUUUGCAACUUUGAGCUACUACUUGGUUUUUGAUCACUCUCUGAAGCAACACCCCCAGUUUCUAGAGAAUCAGGUGCAGCUUGAGAUAAAAUAUGCUCUCCAGUCACUUCCCUGGAUCAGCAUCCCCACAGUUGCACUCUUCUUUGCAGAGGUCAGAGGUUACAGCAGGCUUUAUGACAACAUUAAAGACUCUCCAUAUGGAUGGUUUGGUGUAAUCCUUAGCAUGCUCUCUUUCCUUUUCUUCACCGACAUGUGCAUUUACUGGAUUCACAGGUUCCUCCAUCAUAAACUUGUGUACAAGCGUCUGCACAAGCCCCAUCACCGCUGGAAGGUUGCUACGCCAUUUGCAAGUCACGCCUUCCACCCUGUGGAUGGUUUCCUGCAGAGUAUUCCAUAUCACAUCUAUCCUUUCCUCUUUCCUUUGCACAAGGUGACCUACUUGGGUCUCUACGUCGCUGUCAAUGUCUGGACAAUCUCUAUUCACGAUGGCGAUUACCGCGUGCCAGAUUUCUUGAAACAUGCUAUCAAUGGUUCUGCCCAUCACACUGAUCAUCACUUAUAUUUUGAUUACAACUAUGGUCAGUAUUUCACACUCUGGGAUAAAAUUGGGGGCUCCUACAAAAGCCCCUCUUCCUUUGAAGGGAAAGGGCCACAUGAUUAUUUGAAAAAGCUAAAGAGUGGAGAAUUGGCCAGUUUUAAAAAUGACCAUGUGGAUGAAGAUUUGAUUAAUAGAGACAGUCUAAAGAAUAAAUAGAUCUCCUCAAGCUGAUUGUAAAAAGGCCCUGACUUUCCCUUUUACAUUUUUUUAAAAGGAAAAGCCUGCUUCUAAAGAAAGCCCUUCCCCUAUUAUAUCAUUCUUGGGAUAAAAGCAUUUUAGGUGCCUACUAGGGUUAUUAUGGUGGAGUUACAUAGUUAAGUACCACAAUACAGUCCCAUAAUUGGGACCAUUUAUGGUGAGGGUAAAAAGCAUAAGACCUAUGUAAUGUCUAAUGUUGAUGCAACACUGAAAAGAUUUUCUGCAGCACUUCAUACAAAUGUCAGUGCAUUGAAAUUGGGACUGCCUUUUCUAGCAUAAUGCAUUAGAGCCUACGUUAUCAUUUAAAUUCUACCCUAAUGGCAGUAACUAUCUUUUUUGCUAUAUUCAAAAGCUUUCUCCUGAAAGUACACCUCUACCCCGAUAUAACAUGACCCAAUAUAACACAAAUUCUGAUAUAACACGGUAAAGCAGUGCUCCGGGGGGGCAGGGCUGCACACUCUGGUGGAUCAAAGCAAGUUUGAUAUAACGCGGUUCCACCUAUAACACAGCAAGAUUUAUUUUUUUUUUUUGGCUCCCGAGGACCGCGUUGUAUCAAGGUAGAGGUGUACCAUUGUUCCAGAUAAGUUCUCUCUGCACAGUGAUAAUGUACUGGGAAUUUUGCUAAUUGAACAAGGAUGCUAUAGGUGGCGCUAUACAGAAACUUCAGUAUUACUGCAAUAUUGGUUCAGUGUACUUAAAAGGAAAAUUGUUUGAAUGAAGGAAGAGACACUUGAGAAAAUAUAAAUGAAUGCUUUGCAUGAGGAAUGUGACAGUACACUCUUCUACAUAUACAUACCUGUAGCUUAAUAAAAGAUGGCACGCACAUUUUCCAAAAACUUACUUAUCCAGCUAACUUUUAAAGAUUAGCUUGGCAUUAAAAUAGAAACCAUCUGAAUCAAAACUGAGCUAAUGUUGUUCUGGUAGAAACUUUGUGUAUUUUAAAAUAGGAAGAUAGACCAGACCUACUAUUUUUAAAUAAAAUCUUACGCUGUCCAUAUAAGUAAACUAAAUGUUAAAUUGUUUGACUGGACCUAUCAAUGCUAUCGCAUUGUCUAGUUAACUGGAACAUACAAAUUUGGGCAGCUGGGAAAAAUAAGUAUUGCCUUAUACUUGGGCUUAAUGAAUUUGAAAGCAUGAGCUCCCAUUUCUAAUUUCUCUAAUGGUUAAAUAAAAUGUCUUUGAACAACAGCAUAACUUUUUGCAUCUUGUGUAUCUUUUUAGGACUGAUAGCAUUUGCUACAAAUAAAGUAAUAUAGAAUACAA